AUGACAUUUCGAAUUUACAAAUUGCAAAAUUUUCUGGAAUACCCCGAACUGGCCUUCAAGUGGGCAUUUUUCGAACCCUUCGUUUGGAGCGGCAACCAGCAUCGCCAACAGCCCACAUAUGGGUUGCAAAUGAAGCGCUUAAUAUACAUAUUUAUCACAAGUACUUUGGUGGCUCAAGUUCUGGCACUAUUUUUCAAUUUAUAUGUGACACAUAACUCACUCGAAACGGAGUCUAAUGAAAGUGGUGAAUCGGACUUGUUUGAGGCGCUCGCCUUAAUGUGUUUUUUUUCUUCUGGACUUUAUAAAAUGUGGAAUAUUUUUUGGCGUCGUGAUGACAUCGGCCGUGUGUUGGAAGAGCUAAAGGAGUUAUUUCCUAGCGCAACUAUACAAACAAAGCUGGCUGAGGCCAAUGAUUACAAAACUGAGCUGAAAAGAGGAACUGGUGGUUAUUACCGCUUCACCUACUAUGACCAAAAGUCACGCACCUUGAUGGGACGCCUCGCCCGUUACUUUGCGUUUGCCUACACUUACUACAAUUUAGUACCGGUGGUGCAACUUAUCUACGAAAUGUUCUCCCCGAACCAAAGUAUUACGUACACGGCUCAAACGAAUGCCUGGUAUCCGUUUCACAAUCAGAACAAACACUCCACCUUCAUUGGCUUCGUAAUGUCUUUUCUCGUACAAUCGGCUGCAGAGUACGCUGGCGCCGGCUUCGUAAUGUGCGGGAUAUUUCUCGUUCUUUUUCUCACUACGCAAAUGAAAUUGCAUUUUGAUUAUUUGGCCAGUGCUUUGGAGACGUUGGACGCAAGCGCUCCAGAUGCCUUAAAACAAUUGAAGACGCUUAUCAACUAUCACAAUCAUUUGUUGCGCCUUUGCAAGGACAUCAAUGACAUAUUCAAUUUUACUUUCACGCUGGACCUGAUUGUUGCCACCAUUGCAAUUUCUUUAAUGGGCUUGACUAUGAUUAUGAUCAGUUUUUCUCGGGCGGUAAUGUACUCAGCUGGCGUCUCGUUCUUCUUAAUAAACACCUACGUAUUCUGCAAAAAUGGCGAUGAACUUACCACUGUGACUCAAAAAUUGAGUACAGCGUUGUAUUACAGCAAUUGGUAUGAGGGAACAGUCGAAUACCGUCGCAUGAUUAUCUUCUUCAUUAUGCGCACCAACAGACCUUGCGAGUAUCAAGCCUAUGGUUAUACGGUGAUCUCUAUGGAGACUUAUAUGAGGAUCUUGAAGUUAUCUUAUCAGCUGUUCACAGCUUUUGGAGCUUUGGACUAGAGCAAAAAUUGUUAAUUACGAAUAGAGAAAAGCUGGU